AUGAUGGUUUCUGCCUCUGUCCGUUGGAAAUCCGACGGAAGUCCAGCGGACGUCCAACAGACACAGAAUUCCGGCCAGUCCAACCAUUUCUUACUUCUAAGUAGUUUGAGUGGACUUUCACUGGACUUUGCCUGGACUUGCAGCGGAAUCCAGUCAUGUCCAACGGACUCCGACGGUCUUCCGACGGACUGUCCACUGAGUCCAUCGGAAAUGGCAGGGUCCGAUGAAACACGAAUACCCGCUGCUUUCGAGAGCAAUGGCUCCGUGUCUUCCAUACCCACAAUAGCGCGAUCACCUGCUGCUUUUGAGGGUAACACUUCGGCUACAUCAAACAAUGGUUCUUGGCCUUUGAUAAUCCAGACAACAUCAAAGAAUCAAUCUCUCCCAACCAACACAAGCUAUGCCCAAGGCAGUUGCACAAAGAACUGCCAAUGUCCAGAUUUCGAAAGCCGGAACUCUCUCUCACAGACAAGCCCUCAAUGGUGUGAAGACAAGCCAAUCAACGAUCUAUCCAGCCAAACCACCCUGGAAUCCUCGUUAGCACAAAAUCUUGCAGCUUUCGAGGGUGACAGCACCUCUCAGGUGAUUGACAGCUCCUCAUCCUUGACUACUCUGUGUGAAGAUGAGGCCAUAAACGAUCAGACCACCCAAGUCAUUCUCAUGCCCUCGAUAGCGCGGAUAAUCGCUGCUUCUGAGGGUAAUGACUCAGCUACAACAGACGUCGACUCUACUCCUUCCCCUUCCACAUUAGCACAUAUGUCCACUGCUCUUGAAGAUAACAACUUAGCCACGAUAGGCAUCGACUCUACAUCUUCCGUACCUACAAUAGCACAAUCAUCCGCUGCUUUCGAAGGUAACCACCUGGCUAUGACAGACAAUGGUUUCACGCCAUCGACAACCCUGACCACGUCGAAACGACCUCUCCCAACUGAGUGGUAG